CGUACGCCAAAGAAAACGGACUGGACACACGCGACGUGGCCCUUUUGGUUACUGUCUUCAAUUCAGUAGACCUCGUAGCGCGAAUAGCCACCGCGUUCAUCUCGGACAGCAAGUUCGCGCGGCGGUCUACCAUGGUUGCGGUGGCAGCUAUGGUUCUUGCCCUGGCGUCGCAUAUGUUGCGUUGGUUUCGUUCGUUCAGCGCUUUGAUGGCGUUUGCGGUGUUACUGGGACUAGUCAACGGCGUGUACUUCUCGCUCUACGCUGUGAUCAUCGUGGACUAUAUGUCUAUAGAGCGACUCAAGAGUGUCCUCGGCAUCAAUGCGCUAGUACAUGGAUCAUCCGUAGCACUCACGUUUUAUUUAGUUGGUCUGCUGCGUGACUUCACCGGUUCCUACGUGUAUUCCUAUCACUUCUGGGAACCAUGUCGCUGCUAGGUGGAGUUAUCAUGUACUGUCUACAGUUCAUAGGUGAGAACCAGGGUGCCAUGGAUACGGAAACCGUAGCGAAAAAGCCAUCUGACAGAUAAUUAACUUUUACAGUGUAUUACAUGUACAAGAACUAUGCCGUUAGUUUUGUGUAUUUUUUUAGAUGUAAUCUUUAUUUUGUUUAUCCAUUUUGGAAACUAUUUUUAUUACGUAAGAAGAUGAUGAAGCACGCCAAAUGGCAUUGUACACCAUCUGUUAAUAACGGAGUUAUGGCCCUUUGUAUCUUGAAAAAUGCUUAUUUUAGUGUCAAAUAUAACACUUUUGUGUCUAGAAGCAUAUUGGCGGGGGAUAUCAAUUCAACGAAUUUGCGUGUUACUUCUGUUUAUAUGGAAUCAUAUUUUCGUAUUUUGUAGAUUUCUGUCAUGGUAUGGACUGAUUUAGUUUCAUUGUUUAUGAUUCUACGUGUUUAAAUGUUCUGUAAUGUAUUGCACUUUGAGGCCAGGUUUUAUUACAUUGAAAGUCUCAGUUCGGAAUUGAAUAUUAGUUUAUGUGUCAAAUUCUAUACUUGCUGUAGACUCUAUUUUGAAUUAUGUUGAAUUGAAUUAUGUAUGGAACGGCGAUAUUUUAUAUUGAUCUAGUUGAGUGAUAAAUGUCCAUUUGUGAAUUCGUAUGUUUUUUUCGUGCUGGCAUUGUGAUGAUUAUUUACCGCAAUUAUAGACACAUUUUUGUAUAUGCUAAGAGUGUUUUUAUAUAUUCGAA